AUGGCUUCUUUUUCAGCAAGGCUUCUGAACUUUUGGAACAGCCCUACGGGUCCUAAAACGACACAUUUUUGGGGACCCGUUGCAAACUGGGGAUUCGUACUUGCGGGCUUAGCUGAUAUGCGUAAGGAUCCCGAGUAUAUUUCACCAAACAUGACGGGAGUUAUGUGCAUCUACAGUCUCCUGUUCAUGCGUUUCGCCUGGGAGGUCAAGCCCCGCAACUACUUGCUGCUGGCCUGUCAUGCCUCUAACGAGACGGUGCAGCUCUAUCAGCUAAGCAGGUGGUACGCCUGGAGUGCGGCGGGAGGUAGGCCGGCGCAUGCGGACGUCACGCGUGUGGAGGCCCCACCGGCGCCGGCACCGGCUACAGCCGCUGGCAGCAGCAAGAGCCCUUGAGCGACGGUGCGCGGAGAACGGAGCGGGGUGGAGUGGGAAGUGUGACGUCCUUUCUUCAAGGUCCUUUUAGGGUGUGCUCUGCAUCCGCCGUAUGUUGGCGUCUGGCUUAGCGAUGACGGCGCACAUACGGCAAUCAUAUAAAAUUUAAGUCCACACAUUGAAAACAAAUCAGCAUCAUCCGCCAUAAUAUAUUUAUGUGUUUAUGAUCAUCAUGAUCAUCGAAAUUAGGGAUACCAGCAGCAGUAGCAUGAGCAUGAGCAGCCGCAGAGCAACCCUCAAGCAGCAGUAGCAUCAGCAGUUGACAGAUGCGCCUCCCCGCGGCAGUCCCUCCUUCAAAAUGUUCGUGAUGCAGCAGCAGCAGCAGCGCGCGCGCGCCACCCGACGCGAAGUCAUAUUACCACUAGACCACAGACUCGGCGCGAAGAGAAAGGUGUCGCACACAUACAAAGUCUGCCGUUCGCGUCUGUUGGAAAGGGGUUAGUUAUCUAUCCUCCGUCCGUCCAUCGCUGCGGCCAUCCGGCUCGUCUCCGGGG